UCAGCCAAUCAGAGCUCUGCGGGGGAGGGCUCUAUCUGUAUCUGCAGUGGCUGUGGCAGUUAUCGGGGAAUGCAGGAAAACCGACGUAGUGCGCCUGCGGAGCGAGACUAGGGUGGACGACAGACAGGAAGACGAUGAACAGGAUACGAAUCCACGUUUUGCCUUCAAGCCGGAAUCGGGUGGCCCAGACACCCCGUCCUCAGGAGCCCCAGGCAUGCGCCUUCACCCAGCGACCGUGCUCCCAGCCCCGCCUGGAAGGCCUGGAGUUUUGCAUCAAACACAUUUUGGAGGACAAGAACGCUCCAUACAAGCAGUGCAGCUAUGUCUCUGCUAAGAACGGCAAGCGCUGCCCCAACGCUUCACCGAAGGUCGAGAGGAAAGAUGGAGUAACGUUCUGUGCAGAGCAUGCUCGCAGGAAUGCCAUGGCUCUCCGAGCUCAGAUGAGGAAGCCGCUUUCUGGUCCGUCCCCUGAGGUACUGUUGUCUCAGCUAAGUGGAUACAACCGUGCAGAGGCGCACGGUGUCGAAGGAGGUCGUUCUGAAGCUAACCGCAUUUUAGAUGAGGACAGUCUCAGUGAAGAGGAACAGGGUCCCUUGGUAUUAGACCAGACGUGGAGAGGAGACCCUGACAGUGACGCAGACAGCAUUGACAGUGAUCACGAGGAUCCGUUGAAACAUGCUGGAGUGUACACUGCAGAGGAGGUGGCGCUCAUCACUCGCGAAAAGCUCAUUAGACUUCAGUCGCUUUACAUUGACCAGUUCAAACGCCUGCAGCACCUGCUUAAGGAGAAAAAGCGCCGAUACCUUCACAACCGCAAAAUGGAGCAUGAAACUCUUGGGAGCAGUCUGCUGACAGGACCCGAAGGCCUGUCCAUGAAGGAGAGGGAGAACUUGAAGAAACUCAAAGCUCUGCGCCGAUACCGUCGUCGGUACGGUGUGGAAGCCCUGCUGCACCGGCAGCUUAGGGAGAGGAGGCAGGCUGUGACCGAAGGAGCUCCUCAGCCACACACGAGAACAGCGUUAGAGAAGUGCAUCUCCUUUGUGGAGGGAACCCGGUGUACCAACCCCUGCCUGCCUAUGACCCGGCACUGUGUCUCCCACAUCUACCAGGACAGCAAUCAGGUGCUUUUCAAAAUGUGUCCAGGCAUGAAAGAUGUCCCAUGUGACCGUACCGUGCACAUGGGUCAGUCUGACGAUCCACGCUGCCCGCUUCACCUCACCCUGCCUCCCCCCAUGUACCAGCCUGAGCAGGAGCCUCCACCACAGGAGCAGCUCACCGCUGCGAGCAGAGACAUGUAUCUGAGUGCAGCAGAGCUUCAGCCCACAGAGAGCCUUCCCCUAGAGUUCAGUGAUGACCUGGAUGUGGAAGGGGAUGGCAUGCAGGGUCCUCCGUCCCCCCUACAGUUUGACACUGCCCUGGCCCUGGAGGACCAGACCAUCAGAGCCAUCGCUGAGGCCCCGAUGGACAUCCUGACUGGAGAGGACCCAGACCAGGUCGACCUGGACGCCUCAGGACAGGAGCUCUCAGAGAGAGAUGUGGAUGCCAUCAUGGAUGACCAGGUGGUGUCGGAGGUUGUAGGAGGUGAAGAAGACACCACUGAUAAUUCCCUCCAAGAUGUGGACACCGCUGCAGUCGAUGCACCCAGAUGAACAACCCUGUUUUUAAAGUUAGACUUUAUGUUGGAGGUUCAGACUCCUAGUGAACAUUUCCAAUAGACUCUUAGACAAUACGUUCAUUGAUUGUUCAUCUGUUUGUCAUGUGGGUGUAUUUAUUUCACCCAGCUAUGAAACUAUUACCCAGUUCCUUGACGGUUUGUCAAAUAAAAUAACAUUUAAAAAUGGA